CGGGGAGAGGCCCAGUUAGUUCACCUUGCCUGCGCCGCCGCUCUGUCUCUCCCUCGAGUCCUCGACGGCGCUCACCCCCGGUCGGCUCUCUCCCUCGACGGCCCUAACCUUUCCCGGCUGCGCCGCGCUCCGUCCCUUCCUCGACGGCAGCGCUCUCCCCAGCCGUUGAAAAAUGGCUGAGCACCUCUUCGAGGAUAUCUUCGUCGUGAGCAGGAUCGAUCCUGAUGGCAAGAAGUUCGACAGAGUUAAUCGCAUUGAGGCUCGCAGUGAGCAGAUGUACAUGCAGUUAGAUGUCGCUACCGAUGUCUAUCCAAUGCAUGCUGGUGACAAAUUCACCAUGGUUUUAGCUCCUACGCUGAAUCUGGAUGGAACUCCAGACACUGGCUACUAUACACAGGCUGGUAGGAAAACACUUGCUGACAAGUAUGACUAUGUCAUGCAUGGGAAGCUUUACAAGAUUUCAGAGGAUAGUUCUGGUGGUCAAGCUGCUAAAGUGGAGAUUUAUGCAUCUUUUGGUGGCCUCCUGAUGUUGCUCAAAGGUGAUCCUUCAAGUGCUGCUAACCUUGAGCUGGACCAAAGGCUGUUUCUCCUCAUGCGAAAGGUGUAAAUGUAUCAUCUACUGGAUAAACAGUGCUUGUGGUCGACUCAAGGCUAUGCUGAGCCCUUGCUCCUUUCAAUGCUAAUCGACCUCCACCCUUGUGUACUCUCUGGGUGGUAAUAUCACUCGAGGGCAUAAUGACCUCUGUGUAGUAUCGGCCCUCCUAGGAUUACCUGCUUCACAAAUGAAUGUCUGAACUUUUACAGCAGUCACUUAUUUAUCAUGGUCUGGACCCUAAUUCUUGUUCGGUACUGAAGCAGAUGAAGCACAUUAUUAGCAAAUGUUAUUGAUGUUUUGCGUCGUA